CCGUGCCCACAACAACCUCUUCUCGGGUUCUGUGCCUUCGACUUUAACAACCACGACCAAUCUCGCUUUCCUCACGGCAGUGAGCUGGGGAACAAUGCCCUGAGUGGAACUAUCCCUGCCAACCUGGCCACUAUUACGACAAUUGGCGAUAUAAAUUUUGCGCACAACAAAAUCAGUGGCCCCCUUCCAACGACAUGGACGACACAUGAUCUUUAUAAGCUCAAUGUCGGCAACAACCUGUUGACUGGCACUAUACCUGACGAUAUCACUGGCUUGGUCUAUCUCACAUUGCUGGACCUGAGCUCCAACCGCCUCACUGGCACCAUACCACAAGGUCUUGCUAGUCUCCCCGAGCUAGAAACUCUCAACCUGAGGAACAAUCAGCUCACAGGGAAGGUCCUCGAGCCCGUGCCACCAGCAAUAGUAACGUACAAGCUGGACAGCAACUACUUCAAUGAGGGGUUCUCCUCUCCUCCACCGUGCGAGCAAGGCUACAUCACGUACCGCGGCAACUGUGCGGACACACCAGCACAGGAUCUAGUGUGUGGAGACAGCCCUCAGAAGACUGACGCUGUGUGCGCUGCCUUCUGCGGUGUCUCUCCCACUUCACCUGCCUGCAACGGCCAUGGUGUGUGCGUCUUGGACGGCCCCAGCAACACGCCCACAUGCCUCUGUGACGAGAAUUUCGUGGUUGGGGAAUAUACUGGCAGCUGCGUGCCUGUGGCAG